AUGAAAAAAAGAAAUUUCCUUCUAAAAAUAAUAUUUUGGACCGCCUAUGAAGUCAGAGCCACAAUUCAAUCUAAAAGAUCUAAAAGAUCUAAAAGAUCUAAAAGAUCUAAAAGAUCUAAAAGAUCUAAAAGAUCUAAAAGAUCUAAAAGAUCUAAAAGAUCUAAAAGAUCUAAAAGAUCUAAAAGAUCUAAAAGAUCUAAAAGAUCUAAAAGAUCUAAAAGAUCUAAAAGAUCUAAAAGAUCUAAAAGAUCUAAAAGAUCUAAAAGAUCUAAAAGAUCUAAAAGAUCUAAAAGAUCUAAAAGAUCUAAAAGAUCUAAAAGAUCUAGAAGAUCUAAAAGAUCUAAAGGAUCUAAAGGAUCUAAAGGAUCUAAAAGAUCUAAAAGAUCUAAAAGAUCUAAAAGAUCUAAAAGAUCUAAAAGAUCUAAAAGAUCUAAAAGAUCUAAAAGAUCUAAAAGAUCUAAAAAAUCUAAAAGAUCUAAAAGAUCUAAAAGAUCUAAAAGAUCUAAAGGAUCUAAAGGAUCUAAAGGAUCUAAAGGAUCUAAAGGAUCUAAAGGAUCUAAAGGAUCUAAAGGAUCUAAAGGAUCUAAAGGAUCUAAAGGAUCUAAAGGAUCUAAAGGAUCUAAAGGAUCUAAAGGAUCUAAAGAAUCUAAAGAAUCUAAAGAAUCUAAAGAAUCUAAAGAAUCUAAAGAAUCUAAAGAAUCUAAAGAAUCUAAAGAAUCUAAAGAAUCUAAAGAAUCUAAAGAAUCUAAAGAAUCUAAAGAAUCUAAAGAAUCUAAAGAAUCUAAAGAAUCUAAAGAAUCUAAAGAAUCUAAAGGAUCUAAAGGAUCUAAAGGAUCUAAAGGAUCUAAAGGAUCUAAAGGAUCUAAAGGAUCUAAAGGAUCUAAAGGAUCUAAAUGA